AUGGGGUGUAGACAAUGUACAGCAGAAAAACCAGUAGAUAUUAUCGAUGAGCCUUCUGAAGUGGAUGUAACAAAUACCAACAAUGAGCCCCAAAAAAAUAUACCAAAUCCUAAGAAUGAGCGCCCAAUAAUUAUACCUACACCUACUAAUCUGCGUCGUGUGAGUAGAUCUUCAACAAUUGUCGAUGAAUCUGUUAAUAUUAAAGUUGCUGAUCCACAAGCUUUUAGUGAAGUUUUUAUUCAACAACGUCAGCAAGCAAUAGAUAAUACUUCAUAUCGAUCAGUUAUAGAAGCAUGGCACACAGAUUCUCUUCAACAUCUUGCUGAUACUAUAAAAACAUUUUGCAAGGGAAAAUCUAUAAUCGAUCGACAUUGGAUUAUAUUUUAUUGGGUUACAUUUAAUAUUAAAUAUGAUACAGUAUCAUAUUUUGCAAAAGAUUAUAAAGAUCAAUCAGCAGAAGGAGUAUUUCGAACAAAAAAAGGUGUUUGUGCUGGUUAUGCAAAUAUAUACAAGUAUUUAUGUGAUCAACUCGAAAUGCCAUGUGAAUUUGUUGGUGGAUAUUCAAAAGGAUAUGGAUUUGAUGAUCGAGAAGGUGCACCUGCUGAAACAGAUCAUGCAUGGAAUGCUGUUGAAAUUUAUAAUCAUUGGUAUUUAAUGGAAUCAACAUGGGGUGCUGGACAUUUGAAUGAUAAGAAAGCCUUUGAACGUAAAUUAUAUAGUUAUUAUUUUCUACCACGUCCAAAUGAAAUGAUAUAUCAUCAUUUACCAGAAAAAGAAAAUGAAAAAUGGCAAUUAUUAGAAACACCAAUUCAAAUGGAUGAAUAUAUGCAAAUGCCAAAACUUCGUCCAAUUUAUUUUGAAUUCAAGCUUAAGAUGAUUCAACCUCGAAAUCAAUGUUUUGUUGAACUUGAAGAUAAUAAACCAUAUGCAUUAGUUAUUGUGGAAGCUCCGAAUGAUAUUGGUCUUUUGGCUGAUUUAAAACUACAUGAUGAAAAAAUUGAGGGUGGUCAUUUUGUCUAUUUUAAUAAAAGGAAACAGCGUUAUUAUUGUUAUUUUGCUCCAGCUAGUAUUGGUGAUCAUAAAAUAACAAUUUAUGCAAAACAUGGUAAUACAGAUGUUGGUUCAUUUAGCGCCGUACUUGAUUUAAAACUUAAAAUAAAACAAAUGCCACAAGAACCUAUAAGUUAUCCAAAAUAUUGGAAAUGUUUUUAUGAUUUUCGCUUAAAACUUCUUUCUCCAUUAAAUACACAUAUAAUUAAUCUUAAUAGAAAUGAAAAAUAUGCUCAAAUACUUAUACAAGCACCAUCUGAUAUUCAAUUAUUGGGUAAACUAGAAAAUCAUUCGGAAGAAAAGAUUCUUUGUGGAGAGCAAGUUUAUUAUGAUCGAGAAAGAAAAUGCUGGACAUGCAACUUUGCUCCUAAUAAAAAUGGAAUAUUUAAUGCUCUUAUUCAUGCAAAGAAAACAAGUGAUCCCGGUAGCUAUACAUCAGCUAUACAAUUUAAAAUAAAUGCUAUCCAAGUUCCAUCACCGCCAUUUUCUUUUCCAGCAACUUGGCAAAAUUUUUAUGAUCUCGAUAUAAAAAUUCUUUAUCCAGUUGGUCGAGGUAUUAUUGUACUACGUAAUAAAACAUCAUGUGAAAUUCGUAUUAAAACUCCGGAUGACGUUGGUUUAAUUAGUCAACUUCAAAAUGAUAACGAUGAAGAAAUAUUUGGUGGAAAUGAAACUUAUUAUGACGAUAAAGGCGGUUUUUGGCGAUGUAAAUUUGCACCUAAUGAAAAUCGUAUGUUUAAUGCUCUGAUUCUGGCUAAAAGAAAAUCUGAUUCAAGACUCUACAGUUCUACUGUAAUGUUUAAAAUUGAUGCCACAGAACUUUCAGCUCCAUCUUCAUCUUUAUUAAAAACAAAACAACUUUACUAUGAUCUCAAUCUUGAAGUACUUUCUCCUAUUGGCAAUAGCAAAAUUACUUUAUCUGAAAAUUCUUCGUUUGCUGAAAUAUGUUUAAAGACUCCUGAUUAUGUAGAGCUUCUUGGUCAAUUAACAGAUACUGAUGAUAAAGAAAUACCAUAUGCAGAGGAAGUCUAUUAUGAUCGACAUAAAAAUAUUUGGCGUUGUAAAUUUGCACCUAAUCAAAAUGGUCUUUUCAAUGCAAUAAUUAUGGCAAAGAAAAAAACAGAUUCAGGCCUUUAUUCAUGUGCUGUUACAUUUCAGAUUGAAGCUAAUCACAUUCGAUUACCACCGUUAACAUUUCCAAAAACUUGGGCACCAUUUUAUGAUUUUGAUCUUAAAAUCAUAGCACCGCAUUCACGUUCAACAGCUGUAUGGUCAAAAAAUGCAUCGUAUGCUGAAAUUCUUAUUCAAGCACCAGAUGAUAUUCAAUUGUCAUGUCGUAUAGAAUAUGAAGGCACACCAAUAGAAAAUGGUGCAUUAGCACAAUAUGAUCAUGAAAAACAAUUAUGGCAACUUUUAUUUGCACCUGAACAUACAGGUGAACAUCAAUUAUAUAUCUUUGCAAAACGAAUUGAUGAUAAGAAUUCACUAGCCAAAUCAGCUGUUAUGUUUCCUUUGAAUGUUACAAAGCUUUCAAAACCUAUGAAAUUUCCAGUGGUUUAUGCACAAUUCGAAACAUCGAAAUGUCAAAUACAUACACCAUUAGAUGGUAGAUUAAAAAAAGGUUCUACUGUAGAUUUUCAUUGCAAUAUUCCUGGUGCAGUAUCUGUCAAAUUUACAAUUGAUGCUAAAACACUUAAACCUGAAGAGUAUGUUGAUCCGAUAGUACAACGACAAUUAACUGUUGGCUCAGAAGAAGUUACUAUUUGUGCAAAAUAUGAUCAAAAUCCCCAUUAUACUAUUUUAAUAAAAUAUUUUGUUGAAUAA